UUAUUUUUUAUACAUAACCUUUAAAAAUGAGUAUUUUACAUUGCACAAAUAAUGGUUGGUUUAUAUCUCAUUGUGAGCUUAUAAACAAUUUCUAUAUUAACGUUGAUAAGGGCGAGAGCCACAAGACCUUCAAGCUAAACCCGAACCUUUUCAAAAUAGUUUCUCCAUUUCAAGAUCUGACCAAAAAAUCGACCAGAAAGCGUAAAAACGAAUCGCACUCCUUAGAUCACCAUAAUUUACAUCAAUGUAUAGAACACGUCCAGAAAUCCUACCAGCAGUUUGUUGUUGAAUUAUCAAGAUUCCUUCUUCCGAAAGUAAAGGAAUUCUCCAAAUCUGCUAAUAUUGAAGCUCUUGAAACGUCUGCGACAGUUUACGCAGAAUCUGGAAGGCCGAACAUUGCAAAUAUUACAGGCGGAAAUUACGACCAGGCCAAGCUUGUCGAAAUAAAUGAUUCUUGUUUUUUGUUUCCUAACAAUUGCAGGUUUUUUUGUAAAGAUGUGGCGGAAAUCAACGAUCAUUUAAUUGAUGAGCAAUUCGACUUGAUUGUGUUGGACCCGCCUUGGUGGAACAAGUAUGUGCGUCGUAAGAAGGCGAAAACUAAUGAUGGAUAUCAAAUGAUGUUUAAUGACAACAUUAAAGAGUUGCCCGUGGAGAGAUUGUUAGGAGAAAGUGGGACCGUUGUUGUUUGGUGUACAAAUUCAAACCAGCACUUAGAGGCGGUACAAAACGAAUUUUUUCCCAAGUGGAAGGUUAAAUUUGUUGCACGUCUGUUUUGGUUAAAGGUCACACAAACUGGGGAAACGGUGUGCAAAUUUUCAGAACCGCCUGGCAAGCAACCAUUCGAGCAAAUAAUCAUCGGUUCCAGAGAUGAAGGACCAGAUUGGCAAUUUUUCAAUGAUAAAUUGAUUGUUAGUAUUCCUAGUGCAUUACAUUCCCAUAAACCCCCGCUUAUUGAGAUUUUGAAGACACAUUUGCCAGAAGAUCCGAAAUGUCUAGAAAUAUUUGCCAGGUAUUUACUUCCAAAUUGGACCAGUUGGGGACUUGAAGCGAUACGUUUUCAACAUUUAUCUGUUUAUGAAAAAUUCUAACUAAUAAAUAGCAAAUAAAAUUA